AUGGACGAUCAACUCAGUGCCGGAAGUACUAUUGAUAUAAAUGAGAUAUGCAACAAAUGGUUUGAUGGAUUUAAUAGGGUUUUAGAUCAAUACUUACCUGAACAAGUAGUUACUAUUAGUCCUAAUGAUAAACCGUGGAUGAAUUCGAAGGUACUGACAUUUAGCGAUAAGCAAGCGAGAUCGCUUAUUACGUAA